AAAACUUUUAAGCAAAAACAUUUCAAACAUUAAUACAAUAAAAUUCAGUCAUUCAAUAAUUGAAUUAAAUUGAUUUGAAUUUGAACUAAUAGCCAAAAAAAUGAAGUUUUCGUUAAUUGUUUGUAUAGUUUGGUUGUUCACUCAUACGGUUUCUGUCAAAUCUCAAGAAACCAUAGCCUUUACGGCCACUAAAGGCGAACGUAAUGGUCCUUACAUUUCAUACCAUACUAUGUUAGCUAACAGUUCCGCCAAAUUCAAUCCACUGUACGGUGUGUUUAUGUGUACAGAACCGGGACUCUAUUUUUUUACAUUUCAAAUACUAUCGGAAAAGGACAGUGAUUUGAGAGUAUCGUUGCGUACCAAUCGUAUACCUACCGUCACAGCGUUUAGCGGUUCCAAGACAUCGUACAAUAUGGCAUCGGGUACGGCCAUACUCGAGCUAGAAGUCGACGACAUUGUCUACUUGUUCAUCGAAGAGGGCGACUUCUACGAGAGUCGACAAGUAAAUCGGGCCUACACUUCGUUUACCGGUUACCGAAUCGGAUCGGCCGCUAGCGAUGAGUCGGGUGGUGGCGGGUUUCUGUCAUCAAUUAUGGGUCGCAAAACAUCGGUGGCGGCGACUACCGGUGCUGUCAACAACAUUGGCCCUGACGUCGGUAAAACAAGUGACUCCGAAAUAGACACUAAGGAUAAUAUUUAUAAUUUACUUAACACUAAUAAUAACACGAAUACACAGAUUAACAUUGAUAUAAAUAAUAGAAAUACUACUAAAUUGUAGUAAAAUUAUUGUCUAACUAAUUGUUUAUAAAAAUAUUUUUUUGUUUAAAAAUUAGCAAUUAGUAUAUUGCAAUAUAUAAAUACCUAUUAUACUAUUUAAAGCUAACCGUGCGCUGACCAGUUUUAUGUUUAUAUUGUCUAUUAUACCUUUAUAUGAAUUAUAUG